GGACUCGUGUCUCAGGGUCUGGCGCCGUACAGUAAGGUGAUCGUCGGGGUUGAUAUUAGUCAGGGCAUGGUCGAAUAUUUUAACAAGCGAGUGAUGGAGCAAGGUAUCUCGUCUGACGAAAUGCGGGCUGUGUGUGUUGAGUUGAAAGGCGAAGAUGGAGAGUUGGAGGGUAUGGAGUUUGACGUAGUUAUGUGCGCGCAGGCUUAUCACCAUUUACCUUCGAUCGAGGACACUACCAAGAUACUAGCGCACUUCUUGAAACCAGGAGGAACUUUGAUGGUUGUGGACCUCGCAAAGAAUGAGAAUGGAAUCGAUUUUCAUGAUUAUGUGGGGAAAUUGGCUGAUUCGGGCGCGACUAUGGAAGACGUCCUAUGUCACGAAGCUCACCAGGCUCACGAGCACGUCGAUGGGAAUGGACAUGGGCAUGGACAUCAUCACGCGGCUGCCAAACAUGGCACCAAAAUCUCGCACGUCGUCGCACACAAAGGUGGUUUUCACGAGCAUCAGAUUCGGAAAGCGUUCGAAGAGGCGGGGCUGCAGGAAUUUCAGUGGAAGAUCGCCGGCGCUGUGCAACCGCUGAGAGGUCCACGAAGUGUAGAUCUCUUCCUUGCUACAGGGCAGAAACCCGAGUGAGUCAGUUGGGU